CUUACUAUAAAAAAAAAAUAAAAAUAGUAUGCCCUAUACAGUACAUACUGAACAGUAUUCAGUAAGUAGUAAGCAAGUUUUCCAGUAACAGCUUUAGCCUUUUCAUCUAAAAAUUUGCUGCUACUUUAAAUUUCAAUGCUUUUGCUUCUCUUGGCCGCAAGAGGGAACAAUUUCUUCUAAUCAAGAAAUCCAGCUACAAAAAGUUUCUCCGCUGGCUGUUACUAAAUAAAGAUGGCUAUAGUCAUUAGGUAACUGCAGGCACAUGUGCAACAACUAACUUCUUUGCAGUAUCUAGCCAUGACCUUUACCUCCUUUAUUUCCAGUAACUCUUCCUUCCAUAACAAACAGAACAGCAGAUCUGUCAGUCACUGCCAUCAAAAAAUCAAUAUUUGUAGUUCAAUUCAGAUUAUGGUGAAGACCUUUACUCACAACGGAGUACAAACAUACAUACUAGUACAACCUCAAACAUGCAAUCCCACUGAAGCAACACAAAAACAUGUUUUUCACGAUGGAAUACGCCACCUGGCUAACAUUAAAUUGCAGAAUUUGAAGUGUCCUGCCUUCAGUGUUUCACCAUAUGUACAAAAACUCUUACACUGUAUUCAAAUCAAGCACCUAGGACCAAGACAUAGCUUUUAGUACUGAUAAUGACACCAGGAGCACUGUGGAUUUUUACCAUGUCUGGGAUAUGUAUAGUCAUUGAGAGCUCAGUUACAGCAGUUCAUCUGAGGAACAUGGAGCACUUCAUAACUGCUGUUACACACUUAGAAGAUUCAAACCCAGGACUAAGUCCACUGGCUUCAGUGACAAGUCUACGCAAAAUUGCAGACCAAAGUGAUAGUCUCACACAUGACUUUGUGGGGUCAUCUGACAAUCAAGGUGAUAUUCACUAUAUAAACAACAGUUUUAUCAUAGGGCAGAUGAAUGUAAACCACAAUCUCUCCAAUUUCCUGGACGAAGUCACUCAUCAUUUCAUAACAAGGGAUCAUGAUGAGAGGGGAGUUGUUUUGACUCCUGAUGGCACGACGGUUGCCCUUGCUCCUCUCCUUUUAGGUCUUGAAUAUGGGCUACAGGCUAACGAAGACCGUAACCAGCCUCAUGGUUUCUACUUACUCCCACUUGCCAAGUACUUAGGCAUGUCCUUUCUGCAGUUUGGGAAUGCAACUCCACCUGAGCCACUUGGCCCGGAUGGUUGUUGGGACAGUGUAUCUGCUCCCAUGGUUUAUACUCUUUCAGGAGUGCCAUCCUUGGCCACCGAUGCUCUGGUUCAUGGUGGAAUGGAUGGAGCCGUACUUGGGAAACAUCUUUCUGUUGUUAACUGCUCCGAAGUCAAUUUAAGCACACUACUAAGGAGCUACUACUUAGGGACUAUGGAAGAGUUGGAUUAUGAUUUGAGUAAUCAUCUGAGAGGUCGCUAUCGGAGACAGAAUUUUAAAAAUAUCACAAAUUUAUCACUGCUUCAAGAGAAAGUAGCAGAUGCACUACAUAUGCAUCAACAAAAAGGAGACAUCAUUGUUGAGAGUCUUAUAGAAAAUGGAAUUAAAGAGUUUAUGCUACGUUAUGUGGAAUGUCCUGCCAUCAUUCCAAGAUGUAUGUGGGGAGCAGCACCACCCCUGGUUCCUCUCGACCCUCUGUCUCCACCCCUGCCAUUUCUAUAUAUUCACCACACAGCGAUUCCCAGCAAACCCUGUCUAAGCCUGCAGAUGUGUUCCAAAAAUAUGAAGGCAAUGCAACAUUUCCACCAAAAGCAGCGGGGCUGGUACGACAUCGGUUACAGCUUUGUUGUUGGGUCUGAUGGCUACAUCUACGAAGGACGAGGUUGGAUGUCAGUAGGGGCUCAUACUAAAGGACGCAAUACUGUUGGGUAUGGUGUUGCUUUCAUCGGGGACUACACUGCUCAUUUACCUGCCCAACAUGACAUGGAGCUAGUGCACCAUCAUCUGGUCAAUUGCGGAGUGAGCAAAGGAUUUCUGAAGGAGAAUUUUACCAUUCUGGGUCAUAGACAAGUGGUAGCAGGCACAAAAUGUCCAGGGGAGUCUCUGUAUUCUGAGAUAACAACCUGGGAACACUACAAAGUAUGUAGGAUGCUAAACUUAGAAAUGUGAACGUUUAAUCCUGUCAUCCAAAACAACACAUUUAUCUGUGACUGUAACAUGUUGUUCACAGGAAACGGAUCCUUUUAAGUAACAACGAGGACAUCUACUGUCACUGACAUGACAUGACUGAAGCCACAACAAUGAAACCCACUAAUUAGUAUGAAAAGUAUUCUUAAUUUUAAAUACACAUUCAGUUUUAAAUAUAAUUUAGAUGUUAGAAGGUUGGCAUUUAAAUGUUAUUAGCAUAAAAAGGCCAUUAGCAUUACUCAGUACAUUGGUUGGAAGUCUGUAUGAAACCUUGAAAUGUUACUGUACCGAAUGUAAGUGAGAAUUACGUGUGAAAAAAUAAACAAGGUGAUCUCUAAUCCUACAUGUUGAGUUUUGUGUGUGACAGUUUGAAGGAAAAAUUACUUUAGUCUUUACCACGACAGGAAGUGGUUUUCACAGAAGGCCCCAGAGUGAGACAGGAAGUGCUGCUGUUUUGACAGGAAAUUUAACCGUCACUGAACAAAACAAGCAGUUAUUUAGGUUAAACUGUCAACUCUGAUCAUAUUUAAAAAAAAACAACAACAAAAAUCUAAUCUUCAUCAUGUUAUGCUACAAUGAUCAUAAGAAUUUUUCCAGUCACAACCAUACCAGUUCAUUCAAACUCAAAUGUAAUGUUUGAGAACAAAACAUGACCAAAUUAAAUAUCAUGCUCUCUAGAUUUACCAUAAAUAGGAAUAAGGUAAAGAACAUAGCACUAUCAUUUUGCUCUAGUUGGGGCAG